GUUAGGACUUCGCUGCACGCGCAGCCCGAGAAGGCGCCUGCGCAGUUGGGGAGAGAAAAGGACAGGCCGACUUGCGGCGGGGCGGGGCCCGAGCGACGCGAGGCUGUGACGCAGCACGUCGGCCGGGCGUCCUCUUGGCCGGCGGUCACCGGCUGGCCGCCCUCUGCAGCGGCGUCGAGUCCUCCUCGGAGCCUUGGCGAUGGAGUACAUGGACCGCUCGGCGCGCUUCUUGCGCCCUUACCUGGUGCGCGACGCGGCGCGGAGGACGAUGCCUUUGGGGCUGCUGGGCCUCAUGCUGGGCGGCUGCGUCAUCAAGGAGUGGGCGCCGCUGCCGGAGACCUACAUGAGCAACAAGCGCAACCUGCUUAACAUGUGAGGGGAUGUGAAGAGGAGGAGGAGGGGCCUGGCGUUGAUUGACAGGGAAGGGAGGGGGCUGAGAGGAUGGGGCAGCUUGACAUGGAGGUACUUUAACCGCGGUGGGGGGGGGGGGAAUCUGAAGGGAGGGCAGGGCAGGGGGCGUAUCUUACCAGGAGCUGUUGCAUGAGGAGGUUGUUGCCCUUCUGCAAAUAAGGGUGAGACCCUGUCAGAAAAAGCGGCUUUUGUUUAUUGGGGUUUGAUUUUAUUAGGGCGAGUAGCCAUGUAGCCAGCAGUGAAGCAAAAACCAAUAAAUGCAGUAACCGCUUGCCUAAUCCCAGAUGUGGAGAAAGCGUGCUGUCUUGAUUAAACGGAUUAUCUUUCUAGGUGUGGCAGGAGCCAGUAAUUUUCGUGAUGGUAGUGGAUUCUCUCCUGGCCACGUGCAUUUAGGAAGCUGAGUCCAUCUAGCGCAUCCAUGGCUGGGGGGACUUUGGCCCUCCAGAUGUUGUAGCCCAGCAACAUCCAGGGUUUCCUUUUCAGUAGCUCUCCAGGUUUUGGACAAGGGUCUUUUCCAGCCCCACCUGGAGAUGGUGCAGAUUGAACUCGGGAACUUCUGCAUGCAUGUGCUCUGCCACUAAACUCCAGCCCAAAUUUAGAAGCAUUAGCUGGGAUGCUGGACCCUCUUGCAUAUGUCCCUCUUGCUGAAGGUCAUUCUUGAUCUGUUUCUCAGCUUGCUCCUCCUAGAUACCUUUAGCUUCCUUUGAACUAAUUUAAUUUCUGAGAAAUAGUUCAUUUUGAAUUUUCAGAUUUCAAUAAAUAAAUUUUAUUGCGUUUUAUUGUGCUAGCCAAAGGCCAUGGCAACAUCCAAAGAAAAGAAAGGAAAGGAAAACAACAACAACACAACAUUCACUACAUAUGCAGUAAAACCAUGGUCAGUUUUCAAAUUAAACAGGGCACUUCGAUUUUCGAGGCUGUUUACAACUUGCACCUAUACCAAAUAUGAUAGUUUUGUGGCCACUCAAGAGUUUUUUAAGGCUUGUACCAGAUCCUGGACACUACUUUAGUGCCUCUUGUGUGGAAGGAUCCAUAAGUGUUUGGUACAAGCCUUGUCCAGAAGAUUAUGAUAAUUAACUAGGAUGGAUUUGGCAAUAUGCAGAUGGUAUAAUUUUGUAACUUCUCUGAGCACAUCUCUCUUACCUCCCUGGAUCUUAGAAUAUUUCUUUUCAAUUUCUCCCUGGCAGGUAUUUUGUUAAAGUUGCCUGGGCCUGGACCCUUUGUCUGCUGCUGCCUUUUAUCGGCAUCACUACCUACCACGUCACCCGGAGCGUUGCGGUGGUGGUUCGACGUCUCAGUGCUUUGCUGGUUGGCACUGCCAUUUGGUAUUCAUGCACCGGGGUGUUCCUGUACAUUGAGGACCUGACAGGCAGCUGCUACAAAUCUGCGGCCUUUGAUGUACCGCUGAAGGAACAUCCCAACAAACUACAGUGCCUAAAAGCUGGUGGCUUCUGGAAUGGCUUUGACAUCUCGGGACACUCCUUCCUUCUCUCAUACUGUGCCCUGAUUACUAUAGAGGAGAUGGCCGUGUUGCACAUCGUGAACAUCUCCCAGAACUCCAGAAUGCACACUGUGGUAAAUGGCUUUUUCCUGGCCCUGAGUUUCUUGACCAUGAUUUGGUUGUGGAUGUUUUUUACCACGGCUGUGUAUUUCCAUGACUUCUCCCAAAAGUUAUUUGGCACGUUGGCGGGUCUCUUGGCUUGGUAUGGAACAUACAGGUACUGGUACCUAACUCCUUUGUCUCCUGGACUUCCUCCGGAAAGAAGUAGUUGGAGUUCCCGAAAGUCCAACCGUAGCCUAUAAAAAAAAAGAGUGCCUAUGAGUCAGAUUUUGUUUUAAAGAAAAUUCUUUGCUUGAUAACUAAUUUUUAAAAUAAUUAUUUUCAGUGUAUUUAAAGGGAGGAGUUGAAGACAAAAUAUUUUUUGAUUCUGUGUAGAGGUUUGGAUUUAUUUCCUCAUAAAAGAAGGCUGCUGUUGGAGUCCUACUAAUCAUAUGACAGUUAACCUUUUUCACUAAUUCAGUGACAGCGUUAGUGAUUGUGUUGGCAAUGAAGUCUAAAUUCCUUUAACUGGUGGGGCAGUGGAAUGCAUUCUCAAGGUUGGUUCGUUGGCUAUGGAAGAAGCUAACAUCUUACACUACACAAAAAAAUAGAACUUGUUAGAAAAAUAUUAACAAACAGCAAGGGAGAAACCAUUGUUGGUUUGGGCAGAUUACUGGCUAAUGGAGCUCCCUGGACCUGUCCUGGUCAUGGCACACCACAAUUUUAUUUUUUAUCAUUGCUGUUAUGCCCCUAAGUCAAGGAUAGCUUGAUGCAGACAAAGCUUUCUGUUAGUAGCUCCCUGAACCAAUAUGUUAGGGUAAGGGAGGGCUCUCUGCUGAGUCAGUGAUAGUUUGAGCCACUUGUGGAUUAACAAUACAGAAAUGCGGCUAUAAAACAACUCUUAAUUCUGUGAAUAAGCAUCUGUUCCAGCUGUUAGAUGCUUUUAGUCUCCAGUUCUGCCGUAACAUCCUUUCAGACUACCACAAAAUGCAUUUCCAGAUCAUUUUCUUUAGACAAAACAGCUUGCAUAAUCCAACCUUUGUGUUGGUAUUUAUUUUUUCCAUGUAAUUAAAAGCCUUUGAGUAUCUUGACAUUUACUACAGUAGCAAUGUAAUAUCCUUGAUUAUUGCAACACACUUUAUAUUAGUAAAGCAGGGUGUUGGCUGCAAGAUUGCUGCACUCACAUUCUUCCCUCUUGCCUUAAUCUGUUUAAUGCUGUAAGAUGUCCACAGUCUGCAGCAGAAAGGCAGUUUGUUCUUUUAUGGGGACUAAUGUUCUUUUUAUAUUGAUUACAUCAGCCGUUUCUUGGCAUUGGGGAAAAUUUAUAAAUGAUCUUGUUUCAAAUGAAAUUUUGUAGAUGCUUUAUCUGUCCCCCACCCAUCAAUGACACUAACUUUAAAACACAAUCUACUUUUACAUAGUUUUACUACAUUGCUUGCUUCAGCUCUGUGACUUGGCUGUCUGCUUUGAAGAAGAAAUGCAAUUAUUUUUAAUUCUGUUUUUAAACAAACAAACAAACUUGCAUCUUAGCAAAUGGUACUGCUUUGUACGUUAAUACCCAAGGGUCUACUGUCCUUCUGGACCAAAGUCUGCAGUCCUGCAAUGGAAUUUUCAAGAAGUGGUUUGAAUCUUCAUAUUAAGUAUAUGAUGUUUAAGCUACUUAAGGUGGUAUACUUAACACUAACAGCUCAAUCCUAAACAAAUUUACUUGCUUUGUAAGUACCUUCUUUUUUCACAGUACCCGCAAGAAUAAUUAGAUGGAAGUUACUCCAGAAAUAAUCCAGUGGUGCUUAUUUGGAUUUUUAGAUCCAAAAUCCCUUUAGCAGUUUCUGUGCAUGAAACUCCAGGAUGCUUUAAAAAAAUUCUUCCCAAGUUAAAACAUGUCUUGCAUGAAAGAACAUGUAGAAUGCAAAUGUUCAUCUCAUUGACUUCUGUGGGGUUGAGAUGACUUUUGCAAACAUGUCAAAUUUAAAUGACUUCCAAAUGGCAGAUUGGGGUUGAUACAUACCACAGUAUUCUCACGUAUAAAAAGUUUGGUGCCUUCCUCAGCUGUUUGAAUAUCCGUCAAGAAUAACUUUAAUGAAUAACUGUAGCAAACAAUUAACAGUCAGCAGUUGGACUGAACUAAGAUAAAAUGACUACAAUUCCCCAAAAGAGAAUUGGGAGAUGGCUAUCUGAUGGCAUGUGUCAUUUAGAGGACAUGGAAGCAGCCUCACUUGAUUGUAUUUUUAAGUUGUCCUGUGGAUCCUUCUGGAUCAAACAUCAGAGUAUAAUUCAGAUACUAAUAAAUGUGACUUUAUGCGCACAUGAAGGGCAGUUUCCAAGCCUGUGGGAGCCCUUUUUCCCUGCCAGUGUAAUCAUGGCAACCAUUAUUGCUAUAACCAGUUUAGCAGCCAAGUUCAUGCUGACUUUCCACUCAAGGAAAUUAGUCUCCUGAGGAUGGUUCAAGGCAGCUUGCGGGUGGUAGAAAAGUGCUAAGUGAGAACAGAUCCCAAGUAUUAUUUGUUUCUUUUGUUGGCAUCUUGUAAAAGUUCUAUAAGCUGUAAGAUUCGGUACAUUUAUUUUUUAUGUAAUAUUAAUGUUUUAGUGUUUUGCAUUUGUAUUAUUUUUUUAAAAAGACAGCAUGCACUGAUAUAUUUCAUUGCUAUUAUUUAUCUGCAUGCAUUUUAUUUGUGUGCAUACUUUCUGCUGACUGUAUGUGCUAAACAUUGUCGGCUGCAUGGCUGAGUUUCAUUACACACAGCAUCAAUGUUGGUAGUCAGCAAAAACCCUCCUGUGGUUUAUGUUCUCUUUUGUCCUCCAUGGAGUAAUUAUUUGGAAUUCACAUUCACUUCAUAUCAUAUUUUCUUCUUGUCUACUCAGACAUGAAGACCUGCUUCAAUAGCUAUUGACAAUGAGCAGAACUAUCUAGCAGCCUUCAUUAUAUUUCAUUAUCUUUAAUAAACUGCUAUCUCCACUAGCAUUAAGUAGAAGUGACUAACCUAUGGCCCCUGAGAUGAGUUGGACUCCAACUCCCAUCAUCCCUGAUAAUUGGCCUUGCUGGCUGAGGCUGAUGGAAGUUGGAGUCCAACAGUGAAGGGCUACAGGUUAGCCACCUCUUCAUUAAAGCAGCGUCUUCAUCAUACACUUAAAAAUGUUUAUUUAGGAGGAUUUCAUUCCAUGUAAAGGAGCAGAAGCACUGGAACUAAACAUUUUGCUGCAUUUCAACCAGCAGCUUGUGCCACAAACAGCUGCUUCUUGUCUUUUUACUGUCUUCAGUGGAGAGCAGGUUUGUGGUCCUGUUGACAUUGACUCUCUAUAAAGCUCUGGGUAUCUCAUAAUUUAGGUUCUUUGGUGCAGAUUCAUGACUUGGAAGUAAACAAACAUACGGUACUUGCAUUCUGAGUUGUUGUGCCAAAGCACCUUUAAGCUGCCUUUUCUGAAUAUGACGUGAGUUGAGGCUGCAUGCAGCUUGUUUGCUUUUUAAAGCCUAUUGACAACUGCUGUUAUAUAGUUCUGAUCUAUGAAAACCAUUUAGAGGCUUUUCCAUUGAAUUCCUCAGGAGUGGGCUGCAUCCUAAUUUUGCAUGGCUCACAUUGACAAAUAUUUGCUGGUUUGGGAAUCUUACCUGGUUUAAUCAGCUGAAAUAUGAACCAGCCUUCAAACCAUGGCAUCAUAUCCUGGUUUGUUCCAAAGUGGUUAACCAUCGUUUCACUGUUAGAAUUACAUAAGAAAUUUAUUGUUAACUGAAGAUUUUGUGGCUUGUUUCCUCCCCUGAAAGGAAGAGCAAAGGGGCUACGCACACAUUUACAAUCCCCAUUCACAUGUCAGCGUAUUAAGCCAAAAUAACGAUUGGCCAAAUGCAGCCAUUGUAUGCCUAAAAUGUAAGUAAGGGAUGGGGAACUUGGGACCUUCCACAUGUUGGACUACCAGUUCUGUCAGCCUCAGCUAGCAUGGCCGAUGGUCAGGGAUGAUGGGAGUUGUAGUCCAGCCACAUCUGGAGGUCACCAGUUCCUUAUGCCUGAUGUAGAUCAUAUUGCUUUUUUUAGCUUUUAACAACAUGCACAAAAUAUUCUAAAUAAAAAAUGGUACUUAAAAAAUAACACUAUAUAUAAUAUAUAGAUACCUUAUUGACAAUGUAUUAAGUAAGUGCCUAUUGCAAACCUUUAAAAGAAAAAAAAUGGGUUUUGGAAAGGUCAUGCUUGCUUGUAUGUAGUCAUGAGUAGUAAUUACUUCUGAUUCUAACCACAAUUUGGGUCUAGGCCCCAGUGAUGUAACUGGGAUUUACUUGCAAAUGUACACAUUCAAGAUUGCAUCAUUAAAAGAGCCAUGCCAUGAGGUAGGCAGGUCACGUGGUUAGUUUUUGGAGAGGAGCACUGGGGUUCAAAUAGUUUUUAAAAAUAAAAAGCUAUGGGGAAGUUAGAAUGAAUUACGUUGAGAUUAACUGCUUCUUUGAGCAAAAUGUAUGGAUUUAAAUUAUCCAGGCAUUUUUUGAGAGUGCCCAGCUUUGGUCUAGUUUUAGUGAACAUUUGAACAACCGCAUGAUGCUGAUUCAUCUGGGUGCAUUCAUGUGAAAAUUGCUCAUUUGGACAAAAUGCAGCAUCCCAAAAAACACUCCUGUGAAUUGUAACGAUUGUUGUACCCUCUGCAGAUAACUCUGCCCGGAUAGUUCAGAUGAACAAAACAUCUUCAAUUGUACGUGAGCCUGGGAGUUGUUUCCACAGCCAUCCAUGCAUUGUAACCAUUAUACUGGGAGUAGUCUUCAGUUUCCUAUCUCAAAACAAUAGGACAGCAUGACAGGCAGCUCUAUAUAAUAUAAAUUGAGGGGGGGGGGGAAGCUGGUAUUCUUCAGGAAGAAGUCGUUCCAUUUAUACAUUAUUGCAGAAGACCUGGCAUGAGGAAGGAUGUGUGCACUUUUUUCUUGGUUUGCAGACAACCGCCUGAUUUGUGAACACACCUAGUCUUGGUAUAUGGAGCUACAGUAUUCAGUGGACUGGUGAAAUGCUGGAUGAUUGUUCUCUUGUGUCUUUGCUUGCAUUUGAGUCAGAUUCCAGCUGGCUUAUACUAUGCAUUAUGCUAAUAACAAUCUCUGGAAUUCAAGGGCACUGAACCUUCUGCCCAAUGGUCUUGUUUCUUUGUAGGAGGAGGGAUACUUAAUACAAUAUAAUUCUAACCACUGAAGUAUAAAUAAAUUCACCCCAGGAUCGGAAGGAUUUGACAUAUUUGGCAAAGCAAAAGGCUGGAUUUGAAAUGGAUUUUUGUUAAAGACCUUGUUGCCGAUACCUGGAUUUUUUUCCUUUUAAAAGAACUGAUGUAUUUUGAAUGGAAUGAUGGAAACAGAGCAAGUGUAAUCGUGACAAUACUGGGCAAAAACAACAUUGUCUUGUCUCAAUAAAGUUAGUUCAAUGUAA